AUGUCACCCUCCGCACUCACAUACAGAGCGCACGCGUCUCCCGACACCCCGCGUAACCGUGGCCCGUGGGUCAACGGCUUCCUGGCCCUCUUUGGUGUCCUCUCCCUUCUCCCGCGCCUGCCCUUCCUCACUCUGCGCUUCGUCUUCUGCCGCCCCGCCGGCGCGGCCUAUGGCUGGUUCCUCAAGUCGCACCUCAUCAAGUCGGUCGGCCAGUGGACGGGGCUCGCGUACCCAGAGACGGACGCCGAGGCGACGGCCGUGCCGCGCCCCAUUGCGCCGUUUGGCAAUGUGAUGAAGCUGGUCACCAUGGACGUCGUGCGCGUCCCCGCCGCCCCCGAGGAGUGGUGUGUUGGCUACGCCGAGCCGGCGCCCAUCGUCCCGCGCGCAGAGAGGCCCGGGUUCAUCUUAUCGCCUCCUGGUGCGGCCCUCGGUACUGCAAAGGCCGUCCCGGGCGAGAAGCUCGUCUUUUACAUCCACGGAGGUGCAUACGCGCGCGGCCACCCGAUGUGGUCCCCGUUCGCGCCCAAGCUCGCGCGCGACACGCACACCCGCGUCUUCGGCGUCCAGUACCGCAAGUGCCUCACCGACUCGACGGCCUACCCUGCCCCGCUCCUCGACGCGCUCGCGGCGUGGCACUACGUCACGGUCCACCUCGGCUUCACCCCGUCCAACAUUGUCGUCACGGGCGACAGCGCCGGCGCGCACCUGGCCCUCGCGCUCGUCUUGCAGCUCUCGGCGCUCGACCUGCCUCUUCCGGGCUCCCUGGCCCUCGCCUCCCCCUGGGCCGACUUCACCACCUCGUUUGCGAGCUGGAAACGCAACCAGGACGACUACCUCACCAAGUCGCGUCUGGACAACUGCAUCAAGAGCAUUGUGCGCCACUACAACGCCGGCGCCGUCCGCCACCCCCUCUUCUCCCCGGCCCUCGCGGACGCGGGCCACUGGACGUUCCUCGUCUCGGUGCCCGUGUUCGUGUCGUACGGCACCCUCGAGGCGCUCGAGGACGAGGACAAGGCCCUCGUGGACGGUAUGCGGCGCGACGGCGUCGCCGUCGAGGUCUUUGAGGACAAGGGCGGAUUCCACGACGGCCCCAUCACCGGCAUGAACGAGGACGUUUACAAGCGCUUCGCGGCCGCGAUCGAGGACCAGCUCAAGCAGAUUGCGAUCAAGGCCACGACCGAUGGCCAGUGA